GAAACCACUAGCUGCGCUGAAGUGAGUCAACUGAUGAAACCAAGACUACAGGAGAAGGAAGCUCACUCAAUAACUUAGGAACCUAACUGGUGACAGAAGCUGCUGAACUCUGCCGGAGGAAACCACAUGAGCCGACACUUGCUGCUGUCAUGAAGUGGUCCUCACAGGCGCUGAGCCCCCCCAGUUUGCAGGCAGCUCGCCUCUUCAUUUUGGCGAACUGAAGAGUAAUGGAAGAAGUGUGUGGGGAAAUUUAGAUCUUCUGGUUCCCCGAGGACCCUGACCUGUGUGUUCUGGUUACAAGGUGACCAUUGCCACCAGGUCAGUGCAGAACUCCUCAAGUGUAGACGGGCUGGGAGGCACGACUCCUGAGGAGAACUAGUCUCGAGGAUUGAGGAGCGACAGAAUCCACGCGGCGGCUGCGCGUGGGCUGGACGGCGGCACCCUCCCCCCCUUCGCGCGGUCCCAGGUUCUCACCUGGAGCGCUCAGGUAGGGCUUGGGCGGGGCAGAAGUCUGGCGCGCAGGCGCGGGACGGGGGCCUCGCCCCUGCCGACGUCGCAGACUGGAGCUCACCUGGGAGACUCCAAGAGGAAGCGGAGCCUCGGUUCGGCCUCUCCUGGCAACGCAGGAGGCCCAGCGGGAAGUCAGGAGGCGGCAGAGGAGGAGCUCGACUGAGCGGCAACUGUAGCGACAGCAACCGGAGCCGCCGCCGCCGCCGCCACCUGCACCUGGCGCCCGGCCCACGUCCAGCUCCUGCUUGGCCGCCGCUUCCAGCCGCCCUGCCCUGCCCACCUGCCAGAAGAAUUAAGAGAAGAAUUAUAGGACUCACACUCCUGCCUCCCUCAAAGAGACUAGAUUGAGAGAUUCAAUCAGUGCUAAUAAUGUAUGCGGAGUAUAUCUUUUAAACUUGCAUUGCAAAAGGUAUUACCACUUAAGGAAACCUUCUUGCCAGCAAAUCUAUGAUAAAAAAUAUAAGCAACAGAGGAAACUAUAACUGUUGUUUCUCAAGUGAAAAGCUUUUAAUGUCAGAAUGGCUCACCUAAGGCGACUAGUAAAAUUACCUCUUAAAAGAUAUUACCAUAACAAGUUCUGGAAGCUUGGUGCAGUAAUUUUUUUCUUUAUCGUAUUUUUGAUUUUAAUGCAAAGAGAAGUAAGUGUUGAAUAUUCCAAAGAGGAAUCAAGGAUGGAAAGAAACAUGAAAAGCAAAAACAAGAUGUUUGAUUUCAUGCUAGAAGCUGUAAACAAUAUUAAAGAUGCAAUGCCAAAAAUGCAGAUAGGAGCACCUGUCAGGCAAAAUAUUGAUGUUGGUGAGAGACCCUGUUUGCAAGGAUAUUAUACAGCAGCAGAAUUAAAACCUGUUCUUGACCGCCCACCUCAGGAUUCUAAUGCACCCGGUGCUUCUGGUAAAGCAUUCAAGACAACAAAUUUAAGUGCUGAAGAGCAAAAGGAAAAAGAACGCGGGGAAGCAAAGCACUGUUUUAAUGCUUUUGCAAGUGACAGGAUUUCUUUACACCGAGAUCUGGGACCAGACACCCGACCUCCUGAAUGUAUUGAACAAAAAUUUAAGCGUUGUCCUCCCCUGCCUACCACCAGUGUCAUAAUAGUUUUCCACAAUGAAGCGUGGUCCACGCUGCUUAGAACUGUCCACAGUGUGCUGUAUUCUUCACCUGCCAUACUGCUGAAGGAAAUCAUUUUGGUGGAUGAUGCUAGUGUAGAUGAAUACUUACAUGGUAAACUAGAAGAAUAUAUAAAACAAUUUUCAAUAGUAAAAAUAGUGAGACAAAAAGAAAGAAAAGGUCUGAUCACUGCGCGGUUGCUAGGAGCAGCAGCAGCAACAGCCGAGACGCUCACAUUUUUAGAUGCUCACUGUGAAUGUUUCUAUGGUUGGUUGGAACCUUUGCUGGCCAGAAUAGCUGAGAACUACACAGCUGUCGUGAGUCCAGAUAUCGCAUCAAUAGAUCUUAAUACCUUUGAAUUCAACAAGCCUUCUCCUUAUGGAAGUAACCAUAACCGUGGAAACUUUGACUGGAGCCUUUCCUUUGGCUGGGAAUCACUUCCCGAUCAUGAGAAGCAAAGAAGGAAGGAUGAAACCUACCCAAUUAAAACACCCACUUUUGCAGGAGGCCUUUUUUCCAUAUCAAAAGAAUAUUUUGAAUAUAUUGGAACUUAUGAUGAAGAAAUGGAAAUCUGGGGAGGUGAAAAUAUAGAAAUGUCUUUCAGAGUAUGGCAAUGUGGUGGGCAGUUGGAGAUUAUGCCUUGCUCUGUUGUUGGACAUGUUUUUCGCAGCAAAAGCCCUCAUACCUUUCCAAAAGGCACUCAGGUGAUUGCCCGCAACCAAGUUCGCCUUGCAGAAGUCUGGAUGGAUGAAUACAAGGAAAUAUUUUAUAGGAGAAACACAGAUGCCGCAAAAAUUGUUAGACAAAAAUCGUUCGGUGAUCUUUCAAAAAGGUUUGAAAUAAAGCACCGCCUUCAAUGUAAAAAUUUUACAUGGUAUCUGAACAGUGUUUAUCCAGAAGUAUAUGUGCCAGACCUUAAUCCUGUUAUAUCUGGAUAUAUUAAAAGCUUUGGUCAGCAUCUAUGUCUAGAUGUUGGGGAAAAUAAUCAAGGAGGCAAACCAUUAAUUAUGUACACGUGUCAUGGACUUGGGGGAAACCAGUACUUUGAAUACUCUGCUCAGCAUGAAAUUCGGCAUAACAUCCAGAAGGAAUUAUGUCUUCAUGCUGCUCCAGGUCCUGUUCAGCUGAGGACAUGUACUUACAAAGGUCACAAGACAGUCGCUACGGGAGAACAGAUAUGGGAGAUCCAGAAGGAUCAACUUCUAUAUAAUUCGUUCUUAAAAAUGUGCCUUUCAGCAAAUGGAGAGCAUCCAAGCUUAGUGUCAUGCAAUCCAUCAGACUCAUUCCAAAAAUGGAUUUUUAGCCAAAAUGAUUAAGUGUUCCUUAAAAUUAAGGAGUUGAAAAUGGAGAUAUUCUUUCUCAUAAAACUGUGACUAGGCAUACACUGUAGAUUUUGAAAAUUAUGCAAAAGCAGCUAAUCGUAACUUAUUCCAAGUGCAUUUUUCUUAUUUAUAUCUUAAAACGUCUACAUAGCACUGCUACAGAAAUCCUUUAAGUUUCUGUUUCAAAGCACAAUAAUUAGUAAUACCAAAGACGAUUCUGAAAUGUCCAGGUGUAGGGGAAGAGGUGUUUACAGUAGGAAGAAAAUCAUUUGCUGAGUGAAGUGAUGUUUGUGUGUUUUGUAUACUUAAGAAUAUACAUACCUAUAUUCACACACUCACAAUUUAAAAUAUUUCCUCUACUUUUUUGGGGAAGGGAGAAAGAUUUGAUACUGUAUUUUUUUAAUUACAUAGACAUAGAUUAAUAAAGGUCAAACAUUGACCUUUGUGCACAAUCCAGGAAAUUUUUAUAGAUCUAGAAUUUAUUAUUUAAAAAUUUAUUUUUGCCUUUUAUUUAACUCGUCUGUCAAGUGUUUCCUUAAACAUGAAAUUAAAUGAAUAAGAAGAGGAAUAUUUUUAACUCUUCAAUUUCUUGGCAAAUUUAAAAUAUUUUUUAGUCUGAAGCCCACUCCACUUGAAGCACUUAAGUCUUCCUUAAAUGACUUUUCUUAAAUAGCUGUACAGUGUGUUUUCCAAAAGCAAUUCUUUUUUUAAAGAAAGAACCUUCAUAAAUUACUAUCUGUUUAAAAGGUGUUUUUCUUUCCUUCUGUUAGUCUUUUCUUACCAUAAUUCACUAAUCUUGAAUGUUUGUGGAAUUAAAUUUCAAAUGUAGAAUAUUUGACUCCUUUUAAAGCUAAAUUUUAUGUUAUUGAUUCAAUUAUAAAUGGUCUUUGUAAUUUUUCAUCAAAAAAGCGUUAUUUUCAUCUACUUAGAAAUACAAUUUAAAAAACCCUAGAUGCUAUUCUAAUCAUUUGCUAAAGUUUUUUUUUUUUCUCUUUUAGAGAAAAUACAUGUUGAUAACUGGUGAAGGAAACAUGAAUUUUAUAUGAUGAAUUUCUAAAUACCUAUUAUUCGUAGAGCCAUCAGAUAUUUCUUAAGAAAAAUAUUCGAUAGUAAUGGCCUUAAAAAUGAGGAAUGGAGAAGAUUCUAUAUUAGAUAUUUAAAAGAUUUUGUACUAAUUUCUGGUAACAUUCUUUGGACAUCAGCUAGAGUAACUUAAAAACAAGUAUGAUGCUUACUUAGGCGCUCCAACAGUCUUUUCGUUUUGAUCAGUUUAUAUAAAGAUUUCUUAGAUUCUCAUUCCCGAAGUAGAAAUAUGAUUGGCUUUAUAUUUUAAGCCUAGCAGACCCUCGAUUAUACAAAAGAAAGCAUUUUUUUUUUGCAGUCGUCCAGCUUCAUCUUCUCAUUGUUUGUAACUUUGGACUUGAAUUUUAAAACCUACAUUCUUUAAUUGAUUUUUAUGCCAACUUCUAUUUCAGUUCAAAUAACACUGUGUACCCAACUUUAUGUCAGAAGUAAGGCAUUGCCCUUGAACAUGUGUCUCAUGGGGUAGAAAGAAAGACAAAUAAUUUUGAAAUAAUAUAUAUAACAUAACUAAUAUUAUGUUAUGUUUUAUGAUACAGAUGACAACUCACAUUCAUACUGAUAUCUCACUAAUAAGUAAAGAUAUUCUUUAUUACUAUAACUAAUAAUAUAUAUUAUGAAAUAUGCACUAAUGCCCAUUUAUAUGUACAAUUUUCUGUUUUCUCAAUUUGUUACUCUAGACGUGAACAUCCAGGAGUAAAUAUUGCUCUCACAACUUCUUAUAUAUCUUAAAAAAAAAAAAAUUCCUCAAAGAUAUUUUAUAAAUGAACUUAAGUAAAGCAUGUUUAAAAACAAAGUAAACCUGAGUACCCUCUGUGUAUCAGUCACGCGUUGUCAUGUCAUGAUCCAUCCAAAAUCUGUCUCGAUUAGGUUGAUUUUAUCAUGGCUGAAUUAAAUACAUUCAAAGGGAAUGUUGUUUUUCCAUGAUCUGGGAGCCUUAGGCUGUUGCUCAAGGGUCCUACAAAUAAUUUCAUUAGGGAUUGGCUGUUUGGGGGUGAAUAGUGUCUUUUAAAAGUCUGAGACUUGGAGCACUGCUAACAGAUAAUUAUGGAGCCUGACUUCCACCCACCUGAGAGAUCUGCCUGCACUCAAGUGUGAAAUUCUGGAGCUCUUGCUCUAUUUGGAAGGAGCCCUGGUGGCGCAGGGGUUAGCACUUGGCUGCUGACCGGAAGGUCAGCAGUUUGAACCUCCCAGCCACUCUGCGGGAAGAAGAUACAGCAGUCUGCUUCCAUAAAGAUUUACUUACAGCCUUAGAAACCCUGUGGGGCAGUUCUACUCUGUCCUACAAGGUUGCUAUGAGUCAGAGUCCACUCGAUGGCAAGGGGUUUUGCUCAUCUGCUGUGACAAAUGGUCUAGUUAUUGCACAAGGACUGGCAUGUCACGUGCAUUCUAGAGGACCAAGUCUCAAGGACUUCUGGUUGGUAAGCUACAUUGCCAGACACUCUAGGGUCAACCUCAUGGGCAGGCUCAUUGAAGACUGAGAUGUGAUCACACAGUUAACCACAGGAGAAAAUAAGCAACACGCUAAAAUUGACUACUGCUGCAGCCAGUGAUGACGAGCAUUCAUUAAGUCUCUAGCUUGCCAGAGAAUUGGCCUUACUGUUGAUAUACAAUUCAAUUAAAUACUACAUAAAUAUCAAAAUAUAAGUACAAAAGAUAAGGUGCUUCUAUUUUGAGAAAAUCUUCAAUGCUUAGGAAAGACUAGAAAGAAGUCAAACUUCUAGGAUUUCUGCACUCAGUUGCUUCACGAUUCAUUUUAAAGAAAGCAAAAUUUAAAAUCGUAAUACAUUUUUGUGUGAUUUGUGCAGCAAAGUUGCUGCAGAACUCUCAUUAGCCAAUUUACCUGAAAAGAAAAGGCCUUGGCCCCAAACAGAAUGUUUGUGAAGGCAUUAGUAUACUAUUAGUAUGUUUUAAGUUAAAAUAUUUUAUAUGUAUCCUUUUUAUGGCUAUUUUAAUGACUUUUUUUUUUUUUUUCAAAUCAUCAGCCCAAUUGCAUUGGAGAAAUGGGUUUCUUCUGUACACAAAAAAUAGUCAUGAUUGCUCUCUAGCUUUGGACAAUAGGAAAUAUCUUUCAUGUUUUCGGGAUUGUACUAGGCACCAGGGACUAAUGAUAUUCAAAAUAGUCCUAAUUUUCAAGAAUUUACAGUCUAGUAAUGCAGUCACCAAUGAGUAUCAUAAUCAUGCUAUUGGGGAUAAAUAGCUCCAUGAAGGAGGCAAUACAUUUAGCUUCUGGCGACUCCAUUCUGAGAGUUAUCAGAGAGCUCAGAGGCCCCAUAUUUCAGAGAAAAAUGACUAGAGGAAUGCUUCUUAAAAUUUAUUGUACACACCUGGGGAUCUUAUUAAAAUCCAGGUUCCUAUUCACUAUGCUUGGACAAAAAAGAAGAGCAAAUAAAAAGGGAUACUGCUUGGACUGAUGAAGAUCACGGACCAAGAACUGUAAAGUAUGACUAACUCCACUCCUUGAAAACCCUAUGGGGCAGAUCUACUCUGUCCUAUAGCUUUGCUGUAAGUCAGAAUUGACUUGAUGGCAAAUGGGUUUUUAUAGUACUAGAAUAAUGGAAUCAAAAAAUGAAAGUACUAAUUCGCAUAGCAAAUAGUAAAUCUAUGAAAGUCAUUAUUCCAAAGAAUUAAAGUAGGUGGAAAUUUUAAAUGCAUGUAAAAUAGACAUAGCAAAAUUGAUGGCUGACAAAUUCGCAAUUGAAAGGGAAGGUAGAAUGUUUGGGCAUGUCUCUAAGCUUUUAGAGUGACACAGAAAAUGACAGCAUCUCCUAAAACAUAUCCCUUGAGUAUUAUGUCAGUACCAGUAUGCUCCCUGGAAUAUUAGCUAUGGGAGUAUGUUUUUACUUAACAAUUUUUUAGUUUUAAGGUAUUCCUUUAGAAUCUUAGCCAUCCACUGUGUAAAUUAUAGUGGGAGAAGUCUAGUUUUUUUCCAGUCGGUCUUUUGAAAAUGUCUCUCAUUUUAAAACAUAACAGUAAAUAGGAGAUUACUUUUCUUUGAAAACACAGGUGGAAUUCAUGGUGUUUCGAGUUACUUUCAAUAACAUUAAAAAAAUGAAAAAGACCAAAUAACUUCUACUUAUCUGUAAAAACCUUGUUAACUGGGAAGAGCAUUAUUUCUGUUAUUCUGUGUUAUUCUGUGUUAGGGUGCAUUUAUUAUUUUAUUUUCCAUCAUCGUUCUUCUUACUAGCAAUAGAAAUUAAAUUUGGCUGAUUUAAGUGGAAAAGGAAUUUGUUGAAAGGAUAUUGAAUAGUUUGCAGAAUAUUUGAAACAGUGGAGAAAAGGCUAGUAGAAAUGGCAGGAUAAAGCAAGGGAUUCAACUUUGUAGCUGAAAUUAUGCUGUAGAACUCUUCUGGUGAGGAUACCGUUUCUACCACAAGCAAACACCAGAUGAAUGGCCUGUACUUUCAUUUCACCGGAAUCUGCAUUGCCCACUGCUGACAGUGGCUACUGGAUGCCCCGCUGUUACAGCUGUCACUAGCUCCUCGGAGUUAUUGCCACUGUUGCUGCCAGGAUGAAUUGUCCACUGCCUGCCCUUUUCUCUCUAGCCCCCAAGUCGAUAGCUAGGCUGGCUGCAGGUUGACUAAACCUGUUCCUGAGCCCCUCCCCUCAAGGCAGUGGAGCUUUGAGGCUUCUGCAGUGGACGCUGGACAUUUCACAGGCAUGGGAAGGGAGUUCUAUAGGGUCACUAUGAGUCAGAAGCUACUCAAGGGCAGCAGGUUUUUGGGGGGUUUUGGGGAAGAGUUCAGGGACCAGGCAGCUAAAAAAAAAAAUGUCAACUUUAGUACAAAUUCUAUAAAAUAUAAAAAAGUUGCUAUUCUUUCCUCACUAUCUUUCCACUUAAACUGUAAAGCAAACAUAUUAAAAUGACUGCAUAUAUAAUAGGUACAAAAAUGCUGCCCACUUAAUCAUAUUGUGAGUACAUUCUCUUUUUUUUUUUUUUGGCCUCUUAAUUAGAUCAAACGUAAUAUAUUUCUUAGUUCUGUACUCUGUGGCAUUAGAUAUUAUACUCAUAAUUUGUUACCUCCCAGCAGCAAUUUCUAUUUUAUUUUUUAAAGUUACUAUUUUUCGAGGCGUAGUUUGCAUGCAACAAAGUGCACAGAUCUUAAGGGUUCAGUUUGAUGAGUUUUGACUUGUGUAUAACCUCAUAAUCACCAUCCAAAAUGUGGUGUAGGAUAUUUGCAUUACACCAGAAAGUUCCCUCGUGCCUUCAACCCAGGAAACAACUACUUUCUGAUUUCGAUCAGAGCGCGUUGAUUUUGAUCUUUCAUUUUAUAUACAUGAAAUCAGACAUUGUACUUUUGUGUCUGUUUUUUUGUUUAUCAUGGUGUUCUUGAGAUUCGUCCAUGAGAUUUUGUGUGCCUGUAGACUUCCGUUUUAAUUGCUGAGUAGUAUUCCAUGUAUGGAUAUACCACAGUUUCUUUAUCCUUUGACUGAUGGGCAUUUUGAGUUGUUUCAAGUUUCAGCUAUUUUGAACAAAGGUGCUAUGAAUAUUCACGUAAAAGUCUUCUUGUGAACAUAUGUUUGCACUUCUUUCAGGUAGAUACCUAGGAACGGACCUGAUGAGUGUUUACCUUUAUAAGAUAUGGCCAAGUAGUUUUUAAAAGAGGUUUAAUAUUUUACAUUCCUGACAGCAAUAUCUGAGAGUUGCCUGUAGCUCCACAUCCUUGCCAACAUUUGGUAUUUUCAGUCUUUUUCAUUUUAGACAUUUUAGUGGAUGUGCAAUGGUACCAUAUUGUCUUUUGAAUUGUCCUUUCUCUGAUAAGUAAUGAUGCUGAGCACCUUUUCAUGUGCUUAUUGGACAGUCAUGAACUUUCUUUUGUAAUGUGUUUAAGUCUUUUGCACAUUUUUUGGGUAGAUUUAGUUUUAUUAUUGAUUUGUAGAAGAUCUUUAUGUAUUCAGAAUACAGUUCUUUGUUAGAUAUAUAUGUUGUAAAUAUUUUGUUCCAGUCUGAAAUAUGCAUGUUUCUUUUCUUCAUGGUGUCUAAUAAUGUGCAGGCAUUCUUAUUUUUGAAGAAAUAUAAAUUUAUCAAGUUUUAUGUUUAGUGCUCUUUAUGUUCUAAGAAAUCUUCGCCUACCCCAAGUCUGUGAAAACAUAUUUCUAUGUUUCUUCUAGAAACUUUAUAUUUCUAGCUUUUAUUUUAGGUCGAUAAUUCAUCUUCAAAUAAUUUUUGUAUCUGGAGUGAGCUAGAAGAUUGAGAUUUAUUUAUUUUUUCAUAAAGAUAUCCAGCACCAUUUGACAACUUUCUUUCCCCCCAAAUUACAUUGGUGCCUUGGUUGAAAAUCAUUUGACUCUAUGUAUGUGCGUGUCUCUUUCUGGGCUCAAUUCUGUUUUAUUGAUCUACAGUCUCCUUAUGGCAAUACCACAAUGUCUUGAUUAUAACAUAGUUUAGUAUUUUUCUGUCCCAGACAGGUUAUGGGUUAAUUUGUGUCCCUCCAAAAGAUAACUCCUGGUACCUGUGAAUAUGACCCAUUUGCAGAAGUAAUUAGUUAACAUAAGGUCUAUAGUGAGUUCAAGGGAAUUAAUGGCUGAUCAAGGAAAAAGAUGGGACCACAGAUAACAAUGCAGAACAAAAAGCUAUUUAUUAUGGCAGAAGCACAGAAACCCUUGAUAGCUGCAUGCAGGGGGUGGUUCCCCCCACAGCAUGCGAUCUUUCUGAGGCAAGAGGUGCAGGGAGCCACCAGAAGGAGAAAAAAGCAUGAAAGAAAGAAAAGGAGAAGGGGAGAGGAGUUUAGAUGUCUCUGCCUGAUGUCCUCCUGCGACAAGGUGAGGAGGCUGGCUCAGAGAGCUCCAAAGGACAGCAGCAUCCUAAAGCACUUAUAACCACAGGGUUUUAUCUUAUCUAGGGGUAAAAAAAAAAAAAAUUUUUUUUUUUUUAGGGGUAGCAGAUGUCAGGUGCAGUUUCACUGGGUAUGAAAAGUGGCCAGGUUCUAAAUGACUAAAAAUCUGCUUAUUUGGCCUAUUUUUAAGACAACUGGAUAUAUACAAAUUUGAGUUUGGCGCCGGCAGGCUUUUUGGGCCAGUGGGCCUAAGCUUGCUAGUGAAGAUGUAAACACCUUGAGGCCAAUACACAGGCCAUUUUGACUCAUACAACAUGGUCACAUAGAGGUUAUACUGGAGUUGGGUGAGUUCUAAUGCAAUAUGAGUGGUUUCCUUAUAGUAAAAGAAGAGCCAUAGAGACAGAAAGAUACAGAUGGAAGAUGGCCAUAUGAAUAUGGAGGCAGGGAUUAGAGUUACGCAGCUAUAAGCUAAGGAAUACCUGGGGCUACUAGAAGCUGGAAGAGACAAGGAAGGAUCUUUCCCUAGAGACUUCAAAGGGAACAUGACCCUGCCAAUACCUGCAUUACAGACUUCCAGCCUUCAGAACUGUAGGGGAAUAAAUUUCUCUUGUUUACAUCACCCAGUUUGUGGUACUUUGUUUUAUUUAUACAUCUAUAUUUAUAUAUAUAUGUGUAUCAUCUGUAUCUAUAUAUACAUCUUUACCUAUCAUCUCUGUCUCUUUCAGUGGUAAUCCAAUACCUUAGCCUCCAUUUCCAUCUUUAUAAAUCCCUUCUCUGAAGUGAGAAACCUGACUCCCAUUAUCUUCAAUAUAUUUACUCAUUUGUUCAAUCUCCCUGUAUGCAACCAAACCCGUGACUGCCAUCUGGCUUCUUGGUCCCUGGCCAUGCCAUUUCCUCCUCAUCCUAAGCCCCAGCCAUCUCCAAGGGAAGAAAUGGAAGAGAAGAAAAAAUCAGCAAGAAGAAGAGAAAGAGAAAGAAGAAACACCUCCUACUGCUUUUCUUAAACAAACCGAAAAAACCCCCAAAAAACUCCCUAAACCAGAGGAAGAAAAAAAUGCUUUUGAAACCAUGAGAGACCGAGUGUUUUUGACCACAUUUUAUCUGUUUCACUGUAGUUGAGAAUAGAAAUAUAGUGACUGCAUUUCAAAAGCAGAAAUCAUAAGAGGAAUUUUGAUAACUUUGUAAAGAUUCUGUAUACAACAAAAAUGGGAAAACAUUUGUAAAAUGUGCAUCAGUUUCCUAUUGUUGCUGUAAUGAAUCACCAAAAAUUUAGUUUUACCACGAAUUUAAAUAACACAAAUUUAUUAUUUUAUAGUUAUGGAGGUCAGAAGUCUGAAAUGGGUCUCACUGAGCUAAAAUUGGAAUCCCUGGGUGGUACAGAAAGUUGAGGACUCAGUUAGCAACUGAGAGGUUGGUGGUUCAAACUCACCCAGAGAUGCCUCGGAAAAAAGUUCUAGCAGUCUCUUCAAGAUCUAUCCUGAAGUACAACGCUGUCAGCGACAAAUCAUAUCCAUAUGCCUACAAGGAAGACCAGUUAUUAAAAUUUACAUCCCAACCAUUAACGCCAAGGUAAAGAAAUUGAAGGUUUUUACCAAUUUCUGCAGUCUGAAAUUGAACAAACAUGCAAUAAAGAUUUAUUGCUAGGUGGAAACAAAGAAAAAGUAUCAGUAGUUGGAAAAUAUGGCCUUGGUGAUAGUCAAGGGAGAUUGCAUGAUAGAGUUUUACAAGACCAACAACUUCUUCAUUGCAGAUACAUUUUCAGUAACAUGCACGGCAACUAUACAUGUGGACCUCACUGGAUGGAAUACACAGAAAUCAAUUUGACUACAUCUGCGGAAAGAGAUGAUGGAGAUGCUCAGUAUCAUCAGUCAGAACAAGGCCAGGUGCCAACUGCAGAACAGACCAUCAAUUGCUCAUAUGCAAGUUUAAGCUGAAGCUAAAGAAAAUAAAAACAAGUCCAUGACUGCCAAAGUACAACCUUGACUAUAUUCCACCUGAAUUUUGAGACCAUCUCUGGAAUAGAUUUGACACAUUGAACACUAAUGACCAAAGAUCAGGUGAGUUGUAAGAUGACAUCAAGGACAUCAUACAUAAAGAAAGCAAAAGGUCGUUAAAAAGACAGGCAAGAAAGAAAAGACCAAAAUGGAUGUCGGAAGAAACUCUGAAACUUGCUCCUGAACGUAGAGUAGCUAAAGCGAAUGGUCUGAGACUAGAAGGACCCCAGAGGUCAUGGUCCCCAGAGGUCAUGGUCCCCAGGCCUUCUGUUAGCCCAAGACAGGAACCAUUCCCAAAGCCAGCUCUUCAGACAGGGAUUAGACUGGAUUAUGGGAUACAAAAUGAUACUGGUGAAGAGUGAGUUUCCUGGAUCAAGUAGACACGUGAGACUAUGUGGGCAGCUCCUGUCUGGAGGGCAGAUGGGAGGGCGGAGGGGGUCAGAAGCUGGCUGACUGGACACGAAAAUAAAGAGCAGAGGGAAGGAGUGUGCUGUCUCAUUAGGGGGAGAGCAACUAGGAGUAUAUAGCAAGGUAUGUAUAAAUUUUUGUGUGAGAGACUGACUUGACUUUUAAACUUUCACUUAAAACACAAUAAAAAUUAAAAAAAAAAAGAAAUGAAUUAAAAGGACUGAACAGAAGAUUUCAAAGGGCAGCUCUAGAAGACAAAGUAUUAUAAUGAAAGGUGCAAAGACCUGGAGUUAGAAACUCAAAAGGGAAGAAUAUGCUUGGCAUUUCUCAAGCUGAAAGAACCGAAGAAAAAAGUCAAGACAUGAGUUACAAUGUUGAAGAUUCUGUGGGUAAAAUGUUGAAUGAUGCAGGAAAUAGCAAAAGAAGAUGCAAGGAAUCAGGGACAGAUUACCGAAUGAACAAGGUAUGCACGGGUUUACUUGUGCUUACUUACUAAUCUGUAGUGCACGAUUUCAACUGUUGUUCACCACAUCAAAGAUGUGAAAUCAUGUACUGCAGAUUAGUAAGUAAGUACAAGUAAGCCAGUCUGUAAGCUUGUGUGUGCCUUGCUUACCGGCUGAUCUGCCCCUAGAAGGAAUACACAGAGUCACUAUUCCAAAAAGAAUUGGUCUACGUUCAACCAUUUCAGGAGGUAGCAUAGGAUCAUGAACUGAUGGUACCUAAGGAAGAGGUCCAAGCUGCACUGAAGGCACUGGUGAAAAACAAGGCUCCAGGAAUUGACGAUGUUGAGAUGUUUCAACAAAUGCAUGCAACACUGAAGUGCUCACUAGUCUAUACCAAGAAAUUUCAAAGAUAGCUACUUGGCCAACCAAUGAGAAAAGAUCUAUAUAUGUGCCCAUUCCAAAGAAAGGUGAUCCAGCAGAAUGCAUAAAUUAUCAAACAGUAUCAUUAAUAUCACAUGCAAGUAAAAUUUUGCCCAAGACAAUUAAAAACAGGUUGCAGCAGUACGGCAGCAGGGAGCUGCCAGAGAUUCGAGUGGGUUUCAGAAGAGGUUGUGGAACCAGUGGUAUCAUUGGUGAUGUCAGAUUGAUAUUGGCUGAAAGCAGAGAAUACCGGAAAGAUGUUUACCUGUGUUUUAUUGACUAUGCAAAGGCAUUUGACUGUGUGGAUCAUAAUAAAUUAUGGAUAACAUUGAAGGAAAGGGCAGGAAAGAUGAAUGAAUGGAAAUGGGGAACUCAGGGAGGACAUGGGUAGAGUGCUAUCACUGAGGGGAUCGCAAUGAACGUAUCAAAACAAGAUGUGUAUAAAUUGUUGAAUGGAAACUAAUUUGCUCUGUAAACUUUCACCCAAAUCACAAUAAAAUGUAAAAAAACAACAACAAAUUAUGGAUAACGUUGAGAAGAAUGGGAAUUCCAGAACACUUAGAUGUGCUAUAGGGUCAUUAUGAGGAGGAAUUGACUUGAUGGUAACAGGUCUUUUUUUUUUUUUUUAAUUGUGCUCAUGAGAAACCUGUAUACAGAACAAGAGGCAGUCAUUUGAACUGUACAAGGGGAUAUGCAUGGUUUAAAAUCAGGAAAGGUGUGCCUCAGGGUUGGAUCCUUUCACCAUACUUAAAUCUGUAUGCUGAGCAAAUAAUCAGCAAAGCUGGACUAUAUGAAGAAGAAUGAGGCAUCAGAAUUGGAGGAAGACUCACUGACAAUCUUUGAUGUGCAGAUGGCACAACCUUACUUGCUGAAAGUGAAGAGGACUUGAAGCACUUACUGAUGAAGAUCAAAGACUAUAGCCUUCGGUGUGGAUUACGCCUCAACAUAAAGAAAACAAAAAUCCUCACAACGAUAAGCAACAUCAUGACAAAUGGAGAAAAGAUUGAAGUUGUCAAGGAUUUCAUUUUUCUUGGAUCCACAAUCAACAUCCAUGGAAGCAGCAGUCAAGAAAUCAAACGAUGUAUUGCACUGGGCAAAUCUGCUGCAAAAGAUCUCUCAAAAGUGUUAAAAAGCAAAAAUGUCACUUUAAGGACUAAGGUGCUCCUGACCCAAUCCAUUGCAUUUUUAAUUACCUCAUAUGAAUGCAAUAGCUGGACAAUGGAUAAGGAAGACCAAAGAAGAAUUGAUACCUUUGAAUUAUGGUGUUGGCUAAGAAUAUUGAAUAUGUUAUGGACUGCCAAAAGAAUGAACACAUCUGCCUUGGAAGAAGUACAGCCAGAAUGCUUCUUAGAGGAAAUGAUGGUGAGACUUUGUCUCAUGUACUUUGGACAUGUUAUUAGGAGGGACCAGUCCCUGGGGAAGGACAUCAUGCUUGGUAAAGCAGAGUGUCAGUGAAAAAGAGGAAGACUCUAAUGAGAUGGAUUGACACAGCGGCUGCAGAGAUGGGCUCAAACAUAACAACAAUUGUGAGGAUGGCGUAGGACCUAGCACAGUUUCAUUCUAUUGUACAUAGGGUCACUCUGAGUUGGCACCUAAUAACAACAACAACACUUCAGAAAGAUUACAGCCAUUGAAAACCCUAUGGAGCACAGUUCUAUUCUGAGACACAUGGGGUCACCAUAAAUCAGAACUGACUCAAUGGCAAUUAAUUUGGGGCAAAAAUCAAGGUUUCAGCAGGCCAAAGCUCCUUCUAGAGGCUCUAGGGGAGAAUCCAUUUACUUUUCUUUUUCAGCUACUAGAGGCACCUGCAUUCCUUAGCUAACAGUCAUAUUCCCUCAUUUCCAAAGCCAGCAGUGCAGCAUCUUCAAAUCUCCCUCUGACUCUGACCACUUGCUGCCUCCCCCUUCCACGUUUAUGGACUAUUAGAACUACAUUGGGCCCACUCAGAUAAUCCAGGAUGAUCUAUUUUAGACUCAGCUGAUUAGAAAGCUUCAUCUCAUCUGCAACCUUAAGACCCUUUAGCCAUGUAACACAAUAUAUUCAUAGGCUCUAGGAAUUAGUAUUUGGACAUCUUUGAGGACCACUGUUUUGCCUACCAGAUAAGAGACAGACAAAAGGUUAACAUCUGUAAUCAUAUAAUUUACAAAGCAACAAGAAUAAUAACAAAUUAACAGAAAAAUAAGAAUAUUCACAUGUAAUUAAUGAAAGAAAAAAGUAAAAAUGGCUAGAAAAACAUUUGGAAGUUUUAAUGACAAUAAAGUAAUGCAAAUUAGAAAAAAAUAGAAUACAAGUUUUCACUAAACAAAUUGGCAGUUUUGGGGUUUGUUUUUUAACUGUAGUUUUUAGCUAUUCUCGUUCCUGAUGGAAACAGAAAUUUGUAUAACCUUUCUGGAUGGCAGUUAAUAAUGUGUAUUAAUGGCCUUAAAAUUAUGUAAACCAUUUGACCCAACAAUUUCAUUUGUAUAAAUUUACCCUGGAAAUAAAGAAGAAUAUUUGCAACAUUUUAACAUCAGAGUUUUGUUUAAAAUAGUGAGAGAUUGGAAAGAUCUAAAUGCUUAUUGAAAGUAAGAAGAUUGAUUUAAUAAAUUUUGAUAGAUCUAUUAAAAUUUAAGUGCAAAUUUUUACAUACAAAACAUAAAGUAUAAAAAUAAUGAAAAAUACUCCUGUCUUUGAAGACAUGAAUAAACCCUUCACAAAUCAGCUUCCUCUUCUCCCAAAAAAUCCCUACCCUUCUGAAUUCGUGUUUAUUUUCCUUUGUUUUUCAUUAUGAUUUUACUAUUUAUGUAUACAUCUAUAUACAGACAUUAAACGUUAUGGUUUUAGAAGUUGUAUUGAUUGAGAUAAGACAUUCAGGAUACAUUAAACGGGAAAAAUCUGGUUAAAAACAGCAUAUACAGUAUGAUUCCAUUUUUGCGAGUACUCUGUGUGUGUGUGUGUGUGUGUGUGUGUGUGUAUUUAGGGUGUUGGCAGUGCCAUGUUCUCUUGAAAGAUCCUUGUCUCUCUCAGCUUCUGGUAGCCCCAGGCAUUCGUUGGUUUGUAGAUGUGUCUUUACAGGGCUGCCUUCUGUUAGUCUGUCUCUUUGUGUCUCCUCUCCUCUAUUAUAAAGAUAUCACCUGGCUGGGGUUAGGGCCCACCCUACUUUGGUAUGACCUCAUGUUAACUGAUAACUCCAUCAAAGACCCUAUUUUCCAAACAAGUUCACAUUCACAGGUACACGGAUUAGGGUUUCAAUAUAUGUUUUUUAGGUGGGGCACGGGGACAAUUCAAUCCAUAACAUGGGUCGCGGCAAACUUAGAAGCAGAGAAGCCAGAGCUGCUCCUCUACUUGAUCAUAUUGCUGUCAGAACUCCUGCUCCAGAGCCACUCACCACAGACCGGCCAGAUGCCCUGACUGUGGGGCUCCCACCUUCCGGGUCUAGUUCCCUCUGACUUCCCUAUAAAUGACUUUUGUGAACUCCCAGGGAAGCAGAAGCCAUACUAUGUUGGAGAACCUCUGUUCAGCUCCUGAGAAACCUCAUCUAUUAAUGGUAAUAGCCACGUUUUUCUUACACAGGUAGGUUUUUGAUUGCUACUUUUAGUUUUUAAAACCAAAUGUUAUAUUACUAGGGAUAAAUCAUAAGUAGUAAAGCUAUAAAGAAUAUCAAAAUUUGGAAUUAACACAAAAGACAGUGAUUAACACGUAAGUGGGGCUAAUGGUUACCUCUGAGUGUGGAAGUACAGGGAUCUGAUUGGGAAGGGACACAUAAGGACUCUCUAAGGCUACAUUGGAGCCUUGGUGGUGCAGCUGUUAAGCUUUCGGCUGCUAACCGAAGGUCAGCAGUUGGAAUCCAACAACUGGUCCUUGGAAACCCUAUGGGGCAGUUCUACCCUGUCCUAAAGAGUUGCUAUGAGGCAGAAUCGAUAGCAAUAGGUUUGUUUUUGGUUAAGGCUACAUUCUGUUUCUUAAGAUGGGUGCACAGAUGUUCGUUUUAUUACUAUUCUUUUAAAGUGAACAGGAGCCCUGGUGGCACAAUGAUUAAGCGCUCAGCUGCUGUCCAAAAGGUUGGCAGAGGCUCUAGUUCUGUGGGAGAAGGAUGUGGCUCUCUGCUCCCGAAAAGAUUAUAGCGCAGAAAACACUAUGGGGCAGUUCUACUCUGUCACAUGGGUUGCUAUGAGUUGGAAUCACCUGGAUGGCACACAAUAACAACAACAAAGUGAACAUUUAUAUUUCAUAUAGUUUUCUGUGUAUAUGAUGCACUUCAUAAUUAAGAGAAAAUAGGAGUUAGGGGAAGAAAACAGGAAGAACAUGUCAUGCUGAGAGAAGAAAUCUUAUCUGGGGAGCUGAAGGCAGAUUGGUGGGUGACUCAGUUACAAGUACCCCAGGAGGAGCGGGGAGUGAAUAAACAGGUAAAACUGGAAGAAGGAAGUGCAUACACAUUGCAAAAAUGGUUUGCUUUGAUUGCCUUUACUUUAUUCUUAUUUUCUCAUAAGUGGCCUCGUCUCUACAUUUAUUAUAAAGCACUGAUGAUAAGUAUCUGUUUAUUCGUAGAUGUGGCUUUGUUAAGCAAAAUGUUUUGUGAAUUAGACGCAGAACUCACAGUGAGUUAGGAGGGCCUACAGGAUAUGAAGGCUAUACAGUCAAAGCAACAAACAUUGAACAAAUGCAGCCAUAAAAGGCUUUGUGUUACGUUCCAACCAGAGAGCAAAUGCAUUUAAUGGAGUGAUAAGGGAACCAUGGGAAUUGUGUGUUUAUAUGGAGUUAAAAGGGAGUUGCUACUGUUUUAGUGAGGAAAGACCUUGCGGAAGAGGCCAGAUUGCUGGAGCCAUUUGAUAAAAGCAAGAGAGUUUGAACUGGUAGGAAGAAAGUGUUUCAGGCUUUGAAUUAUUUGUGAUCAUGCUGCUAUUUUGACUUUUAUGGAGCAGGAACUGCCUGCAUGGUGAUCUCCUCCUGCCUGCAAUGGAUGAUUGUCCAGGAAUGCUCCACUGUGGCUUCCACCUCCUCUCGGGCAGUCAUUUUCCCAAACCACAAAACCCAAAUGAAUGUGUUUUUCUUCUGAAUGGGCAUGGCCUUAAAUAUGAAACCAAAAAUUUUGGUUUGAGAAGAGUCAACAUUUUGAUGGCAUUUUUAUUUCUGGUCUUUCUUUAUUUUUCAAGUGCAGCAGCAAAGAUAGACUACCCUUCUCCAUCUGUCCUUACCUCUUUCCCCAGUAGUCCUAAAAGUGAACACUAUGAUACUCAUCUUGUUCA